UGCAAAAGUCUCCGUCGGAUAGACCGCACAGAAGCCGAUAUACAAAGAAACGAACACACAAAUUAUACAUAAAACUAAAAGGAGAAACACGAAUAUUAAUAUAUUAAUAACUCUCUCUCUCUCUCCCUCUCUCCCUCUCCCUGUAUCUCGCUAAAUUGCCUGAGAAGCUUCUGUUCCUGUUCUUGUUAGCAUAUCUCUACCUCAGAGAGACUCUCUCUCUCUCUCUCGGUCUCUCUCUCUCUCUCUCUCUCGUCACACUUUCUCGAGCAAUGUUUUCUCAGCACCGAGUUGAAGCGGUUUGAAGCUUAGAGAGCGUUCUGUCGUUGGAACCAUAGCCAAUUGGGCCUGAGAUUUUUUGUAAUUCGGAAAUUAGGGUUUUUCGAGGGCUGUGGGGGAUGGGUAAUAAGCUUGGGAGGAGAAGACAAGUGGUAGAUGAGAAGUACACCAGACCGCAAGGACUGUACAAUCAUAAGGAUGUAGAUCAUAAGAAGCUUCGGAAGCUAAUACUUGAAUCUAAGCUAGCUCCAUGCUAUCCUGGAGAUGAAGAAUGCGCUUGCGAACAUGAAGAGUGUCCUAUUUGUUUUCUGUAUUAUCCAAGUCUUAACCGGUCAAGAUGUUGCAUGAAAAGCAUCUGCACAGAGUGUUUUCUACAGAUGAAAGUUCCCAAUUCAACUCGUCCUACACAGUGUCCUUUCUGCAAAACUGCAAAUUAUGCUGUGGAGUAUCGGGGUGUGAAAACGAAGGAAGAAAAGGGUUUGGAGCAGAUUGAAGAGCAACGCGUUAUAGAAGCAAAAAUUAGGAUCCAGCAGCAGGAACUUCAGGCUGAAGAAGAGAGAAUGCUGAAAAGGCAAGAAGUCAGCUGUUCAAGUGGAAAUAUGGCAUCUGUGGAGGAUGAAUAUAGCUCAGUAGCAGUUCCAUCUUUUAGGUCUCUUGUCGAAAGUGAGGAAAUUAUUGCUUCUUUGGACUCAUCUCCUUCCCCAACGAUUAGAGCACCUCCAACCCCGCCCCCACUUCCUAGGACAAACCGGGACGGCGAUUUUGAUGUGGAUCUUGAGGACAUAAUGGUCAUGGAAGCAAUUUGGCUUUCCAUUCAGGAGAAAAGCAGACAAAGAAAUCCGGUGUAUGGUGGUGAUGUUCUUUCUGAGCAAUAUGCCGUUGAUCACAAUGCCUCACCUGCUAUGGGUCCACCAGCUGGAUCAUCAUCUUCCCCAUCUGGUGGUCUUGCUUGUGCCAUAGCGGCCCUUGCAGAGCGUCAGCAAAUCCCUGACAGAAAUAUGUCAGCUCCCCAAGCUGGCAGGUUUUACAACAGGGUGGAUGGAGAUAUCGCAGAUUUCCCACAUCCAGAGAGAGGCACCGAGUCAUCAACUGAUGGCAGGAUGACAAUGGCAAAGGAUGACAGAGAAUGUUAUGGGGACCGUGGAUCGGAUGUGGCUGAAGCAGGCACCAGCUACGCAAGCUCUGAUGGCACAGAAGCCACUUCUGCAUUGCGACUGCCAGAAGAAAUUGAGGACAGCCUUCAAAAUGUUGCAGAGCCCAUUAUUCCCGAGAGUUUCGAGGAACAGAUGAUGCUAGCUAUGGCGGUUUCUUUAGCUGAAGCUCGAGCUAUGGCUACUGGACCUGGUGUUUCCUGGCAAUAGUUUUAGGUGUAGCUACUAGUGAUAGUCUCUGUUACAAGAUAGCGCUGGCCACGGCUGUUUAGCUAGCUGAGUCUCGAGCUAGGGUGAGUGCCCAAGGAGCUGCAUGAAACUUGUUCGGGGUUCAAGGUAGUGAUGAUUCUCUCUUCCCCUUUACUCAUAUCUUUCUUCAUGCAGAUGUGAAUGGAAAACGGAUUUUUUAAGUGAAUGAAAAGCUUGUUGCCUUGUGCUAUUAAA